CGCUGACGCUCGUGAAUGGCUGCGCAGACUUUGACUUGCUUGGCGCUAAUCUCUUGAUUGGCUGUGCGAUACUAACUCGCUUGCCACAGCCGCUGUCCCGAUUGGCUUUUUAUAAGACAAAGAGAUCAUAGAAAUAAAGAGACAAAGAAGAUAAAAGAUAAAGACUCGCCAUUUUUUCCUCUUUUCUCGACGACGUGUCCAGCAUUAUGGUCUAAAAAAUCAUGAGCAAAUCUUCGUCUCAGCAUUCAGAAAUCAAGUGGGGAAAAUGUCCGCGAGACCGGAGGAACUUUGUGGAGUGAAACAGGAGCCCCCACGUCACCGACACUCGACUGUGUGCAAACUAAUGGACGCUAAGGUUCUUCUUAGAAUGGAAGGUUUCAGAGGAUAUCUUGCUGAGCGGCAGGAGCUAGAAUCUCCUGGCGUUAAAGAGGAUGUUGAGCUCCCCCAAAUCAAAGAGGAGGAGGAGCCCUGUCAACAGAAGCAACUUCCAAUCAAAAAGGAGGAGGAAGAGCUGCCAUGCGUUAAAGAGGAGGAAGAGGAGGAGCAUAUCACUGGGUCACAUGGUGAGCCAUUGAACAGUGAAGAUUGUCCGAGUGAAGCUAGCAGAGGGGCUGUGCCGCCAAGCGGCUGCAGCAGCAGCUCAACAGAAGGAUUGCAGACAGACAUUUUCAUCGCUCCAUCAAACAGUAGUGGCACCACACACACACCUUACAAUGAUGAUGGUCAUCAGAAAUCUCACAGUGACGACAAACUCUGCAAAUGCUCUCAGUGUGGGAAAACCUUUCCUACCAAGCAAACUUGUGAUGCGCAUAUGAGGAGGCACACUGUCAAAACCCCUUUUUCCUGCUCAGUUUGUGGUCAAAGAUUCAGUCACAAGAGCGACUUAAAACGACACACAAGAACCCACACUGGCGAAAAACCUUUUUCCUGCUCAGUUUGUGGUCAAGGAUUCUCUCAAAAGCAAAACUUACAACGUCACGAAAGAAUCCAUACUGGCGAAAACCCUUUUUCCUGCUCAGUUUGUGGUCAAAGAUUCUCUCAAAAGCAACAUCAACAAAGUCACGAAAUAACCCACACUGGCGAAAAACCUUUUUCCUGCUCAGUUUGUGGUCAAGGAUUCGCUCGAGAGCAAAACUUACAACGUCACAAAAGAACUCACACUGGCGAAAAACCCUUUUCCUGCUCAGUUUGUGGUCAAGGAUUCUCUCAUAAGCAAAACUUACAAAGUCACGAAAGAACCCACACUGGCGAAAAACCUUUUUCCUGCUCAGUUUGUGGUCAAGGAUUCGCUCGAAAGCAAAACUUGAAAGACCACAUAAGAACCCACACUGACGAAAAACAUUUUUCCUGCACAGUUUGUGAUCAAAGAGUCAGUCACAAGAGCACGUAAAAAAACCCCCCACAAGAACCCACACUGGCGAAAACCCUCUUUCCUGCUCAGUUUGUGGUCAAAGAUUCGCUCGAAAGCAAAACUUACAACAUCACGAAAGAACACACACUGGCGAAAAGAUUUUUCCUGCUCAAUUUGUGGUCGAAGAUUCGCUCGGAAGAAUCGGAUGAAGAGACAGGUGUGUGUUGGUGUGAGAAGCAGUGGCCAAUGACUGUUUUGCCUGUCAUCCAUGCUGGCUUCAUCAGAUUUUGCAUGCAGGUUAGGUUAGGGUUGGGAGUUACGUUCGUAUUCGUGGUACACUUUAUUUUUCUGAUUGCAUUUUUGUUUGGACUUUGCCAUUUUGUGUUUUACCUUUUAAAAAAUGCAUGAUUUUACAACUAAGUUAAUCGCCAGAUUUCACAAUGAACGGUUCUGAAGUCAGAUUGUACAUUACAACCCCCAAUUCGCCUUGAUAAUCAGCAUCAAUAACCCCUGCAAGUAUAGUUACCCCUUUAAGUGACAAUCCAGAUCUAGGUAAAAUGUACCCGUAGUGUCCCUUGGGACAUUUGAGUCGUAAAUCAAGACCAGCCGAACCCGGAGUAGCUCGAACAGGUAACUCGGCGGUUUCUGCAAUCUUAUAAGUUGUCCUGUAUGUCUUCCACUCACAUUCCCUGGCUAAAUGUACCCUUUAAUGGCACAAAAAGCACCUUCUUUCUAACAUUGAAAAGUCAAAAUCGUUAUUAUUUCCAUUUGGCGAAGUGCCAAUAUUCGCUUCCCUCUCCAAAUUGUUCAGUUCCGUCUCUUGUAAUUUACUGUAAUUACAUACAUUAUCAAUUUUGCCGUGGUCACUCAUUACAAAAUUGGCCACUAUUCCACGUGACGACGAAAUCUAGAAUUGUCUAUUAGCCACUGAGGUCACAGCCGAACAAAGACAGCCAAAUUCCAUCAGCAUGUGAUCCAAAAGCCGUAAGCCUAGACAAUAUUUCGUAUCUUCAAUUCCUUAAGAAAAAAAAAUUUCAAAUUCAAAUUAUCAAUAAAGCAACUCAUGACAGUCAAAUUCAAGUUAUCAAUAAAGCAACUCAUGACAGUGUUCAAGUUAUCAAUAAAGCAACUCAUGACAGUGAGUGUACAUUAUUAACCCUUAAGUUGCCAAUACCACACCUCAACUGUUACAGCUGCACUAAGGUGAAUAAUCACUUUAUCACUGUUCCCAUUAACAUAAUUUGUCAACACUAUCAAUAAUCCUUGUUGUUUUGAGCUUCUGGGCGGGAACUGGAAUACCGUCAUCUGUUGAUCAAGCAGAUGCUGGCAUACACACUCCUCCCCUCAGGCAUAUUUAAUUAAUCAGUUAAUCAAAUGUCUAAACCAAUGUCUAAAUCCAUGAGCUCGUUGAUAAUUAAAUUAAUUAUCCUUAACAUUUCAUAGGUUUCAAUUGAGCUCAACAAUCUAUUCUCAUCUCUAAUGAAAUUCCAUUUCAAAAUCAUUUUUGUUUUACCUACAACCUCCCCUCAUAAUCAAUUUGGGCAAAAACCCAGCAGAUGCCGUCGAGGACCCCAUGUUGCAAAUAGGGGCCACCGAAGGGCCGCAGUCCUCAUGUUGAAAAACGUUCCCUUCUUCCCAUUUUGCGCAAUAAACGGUCAGCCAUUUACGCAAUAAAUGGUCAGCUAUUCACACACGAUCCCACGCAAAAAAUCAUAAUCAGUCACGCGACAAUAACUACAAUUAUCCACACGCAAUAAACGGUCAACUAUUACACAUGAGCCUCGCAAAAAAGAAUCAUGACGCAACGCAGCCUCACAUUCAGUCACACAACAACAACCAUCCCCAAUGACUUAUGAUACAAGACAGCACAAUUUCAAAAUACAAAUCAAAAUCACCAUACAUUCUACCAGUGGCUCACACCAGACCAAACAUAAAAAACAUACAAUUUGAGCUCAAUGACAAACUAACUGUCAACACAGUUCCACAGAAAUUCCUAUUCAUCUGACGUCAUGUGUAGUACAAUCCCCUAAUGAAUCCACGUAUCAGGACGAUCACCGCAUCCGCGCAAACACGACGCAAUUCCAUUCCACGGUUCUUUUUCCCAACCAGGAGUUACGAUCACCCCAUCGAUCGACUCCUCAGCUUCUUUCACAUUCCACUUCCGCAAUUUCUUAAAGAUUGCUAUUCUGUUACGUCUCACUUAGUAUUACUUUGAAAUUUCCGGUCCCUUCUGGUCCCCGCGCUAUACCGUUUCACGCGUUCGACAGCGUUCAGUGUCACCAAGAAAGUCUUAUAGUCGUUCAGCGUCGCCCCACUAUUCACUCCCACCUCUCUGACUUGGCUGGGCCGCGAACCCGCGCGCCGACGACACUUCCCGCGCUACUGAUAGCGCUAAACCAAAAAAUGUACCGGAAUGUUCACUCAAUUUAUCGAGUAAUACGUAAAUCCCAAAACAACACAAUCCCAGUAUUACUCAAGUCAAUUUACCAAACAACAAAUUCCCAGUAUUACUUAAUUCAAUUUAUCAAACAGCAAUUCCAAUCAAUUCUAAUCAAUUUAUCAAGUAAUACGAUUAUCCUGUCCGUGACGCCAAAAUGUUUUACAAAAUUUUCAAGGUUCGCAGUGAGUAAGCAACAGGCACACUUUUGCUUAAUAGACAAUGUUUAUUAAUUAAAAAUUGCAAAUAAAUGAAUAAAUGGAGUUUAAUUGAUUACAAUCCCACAAAAGCAAGCAAAAUCAGCAAAAACAAAAUCAAGCAUCACUCAGAAUAACAAACAUAGCUCAGAAUAACUACAACGCUUGGUCUGAAUUAUCAAAAACCCCUACGAAGCAGUUAAAAACACAUCAGCACAGCUCAGAAUAACUACAACGCUAGGUCUGAAUUGUCAAAAACCCCUACGAUGCAGUUAAAGGCACAUCAAAUGAAGGUAAAGUAAUUUCAAAAUAAGAGAAAACAGUGUUUUACCAUGCAUUACUUUAAUCAACAGUCAAAUGUAAUGGCAGAGACAUUCAUACAAGUGUCAGGAAAUAACAGAUGUGUGCGAAGGCGCAAUUACAGGACUUGCAGAACAAGCCCACAGUCAACCAUAGGAAAGGGGGGGGGGGGCAGACGCUCCCUUUUGUUUCAAAAGGCGGGAAAACAACCCGGCUGACCCCCACUGAGAGGGACCCCCCGGAGAUAAAGAGAGAAGACCCCGCCAUCCUGCAGGGGAAUUUAAACCAAUCAGAGCAAGCUAAGAAUAACUGCAGGUAUCACAUAGCCAAUCAAUAGUCGCUAGGAACAUGUAUUUGCAUAUUGUGUAAUUUGAAUCAUUCUUGGGCAACACAGGGUGUGUGCUUCUCCUGAUAGACACAGGGGAGUACGAGACUGUACUGAGAGGGACCUGUGCCCCGAGUGCUGUAUUAGAUUUCCGUGUUAGGAAUAAAUCCACUCGUGUGUGAAAAUGCCGGCUUCCUGACGCCUUUCUUUUCAGAACGAAUACGCGUAAUUGUUGGAAGAGUGUUUGGUGAUAAGGUAAAACUUAUAUAACACUAAAACGGAGUCAGGUAAUUAUUGCGUAAUAUUUGAAGGUAUGAAUUAUUCCCAACAACACACAUAACUUUGGCGCUAGACAAUUAGUUGUCGAGCUAAUAAUAUCCCCGCGCUCAAAGUGCAAUGAGUUCCCUGACGAUAAUGAAAUCAAGCUCUUACCUGUCGACAAUGAACGGAGGGCCACACAACGUUCCUGGUUCGAGCAACAAGGAACUCCGGCCGAGCGACUGACGUUAAGCCCUCUGACCGACCCUAGGUGUGGCCCGGAAAAAGUCCGCUCUUAUAGGCAUAUGCCACGUAAGCACAGAGGGGGCCAACCCCUGCCCUCAGGAGACAUAUUGCCUGCCCAAACAUGGUAAAUUUGACAUGUUUUGGCCAACCUCUUCAGGAGAUUAGUCUCGUGUCCAAAUAUAAUUGGUUCACUCGUUGCACUUCCGAGCAGCAUCAUAUAUCUUGGUUACCAUAGCAAUGAGCUAAAACUCCCGUCAGCAUGGCGAGCAUAACCUGAUAAGAAGUUGCAUUAUCAGUCCAAAAGAAUGUGUGCACCUAGAGCACACAUUUAGUUACUUUUCUCAAAGGCAGUUAUGGCGCAGUUAAAAAGCAGUUAUGACGCAGUUAUGUAGUUAUACAUAUAUGGAACAAUUCGGGUCACAAAAAAGGUUACAAGGUCAUAAAAAGGUCAUAAAAAUGUUACAGGUGUUUUUUCCAAUACAGGGGGUUAAUGUAAAUAUAUAUAUUUUUUUUAAUUACUACUACUACUGGUGGUUGACAGAGUAUGAGGGCCAAAUAUAGAAAAAUGAAGAAGAAGAAAAAAGGACUAUGACAGUAAAGUAGUGUUCUUACGACAAGAAUUGUUUUAUUUUUCUUGUACCAAGUCAAGUUUUGGUAUAUCAUUUUUGUUAAAAGUAAAUAUCUAAAUAAAUGAAACACACGGAAUCAUAUCUGUAUUUAACUUUGUUGAUGAAAUAUGUUAUGUGUUGAAAAUGUUUUUGACAACUUGCUUGGUACAGGGGUCGCAUUGACUAAGGCGCUAUUGGAACGGAAAAGUUCACUGUUGCCAUGGUUUUUUUUGUAAUAAAUUCUACACAAACUUCCUCAUCUAUGUUUGAUCCAUGUUAUACGGCUCGCCGUUUCAUUACAAAGUGGCAUUAUCUAUAUCAUACUCUCCCUUUCAAACUACACUUUUCACUUUUAAUAUUUGAAACAACAGACCCCAAAUUCCAAAAAUUCAAAAUCAUUCAAAAUACUGUCUUUAGAUAAAUAUGGAAAAUUAGAAUAUAUUGUUCAAUAUUGCAAAAAUACUAAUUAUAAAUAAAAAAAUCAAUUCUGGCGCACAAAUGAGUUUUUUUGUGGGGAGAUUAAUGUUACCAUGGCGCAAAAAAUAAUUUUUUUUUUUUUUUUUUUUUUACUGUACAAAAACUGAAAUUUUCGAAAAUUCAAUUGGAGGUCGAAAAUGAAGAUGAUGAUAGCUGCGGGGAUUUGCAUAAUAAUACACAGGCACUUUUAUUUCCAAUACCAGAACCCUAGGUGAAUUAGAACGGUCUUUAUAUUAGCCUAGUAGUAUCACUUAUACUAUCCGGCAUACGUGUGUACUGCCAUCAUGCACGCCUUGAAUGGAGAAAACGAGCCAGCAUGACAAAUUUGGACUGAAACGGCUGUUUUUGGAUGGGAAAAACUAAAACUGAUCCUCAGCACCACCUGCUGUGAGUGACUUCCAGCCCCGCCUACCAGCCCCCGCCGAUGAAAAUCUCUGGACUCUGCUUCAAAGUGCUUGUACCUCAGCACUUGUUUGUUUUUAUUCACAAUUAAUACCUUGUUUUUAUUCAGUCCACUACAUUUCAAUGUACUUUUCAUUAUAAGUAUAACACCAUUUACCAUAUUAUCCUAAUAUUCAGAGGUGGGUAGAGUAGCCAAAAUUUUUAAUCAAGUAAGAGUAGCGUUUCUUCUAAAUAAUAUUACUUUAAGUAAAAGUAGUCAUCCAAAAAUGUACUUAAGUAUGAGUAAAAAAAUAGUAUUCGUUGAAAAGAAAACUCAAGUAAUGAGUAACAUUGUGAGUAACUGCUUACCAUCUCAGAUUUUUUAAAUAAUGUUAUUUAUAGAUUUAUUUAUGGCAUAGGUGUCAAACCAAUUCCACAAAGGGCCAAGUGGGUGCUGGAUUUUGUUCCGACCGAUACCGCACAAACAGUUUAACCCUUUAACACCUCAGCCUAUUUUGGCCGAAUUUGCACGCAUUUGAUGUUGCCUUUAUAUUUCAAAGAAAAAAUUGUAUACAAUGGCCAAGUUGGGUCCCUUUUUUCAGGGCACCUUGAACUUCAUGUCCAAACUGUUCUUUUCUUCAUUGACCAAUUUUAAUCCACAUUUUUGACCCAAAAAGACAAAAAAAUCCCAAAAUCUUUUUUCAAAAUGUGUAAUGUUGACAUCCCACUGACAACCAAACAUGCUCGACCAACCGUUUUGAGGCUUGAUCAUAUUUAUUCAACUUGUUAGGAUAAACAUUCAAUAGAAAAAAAUAAGAUUGAAUAGUUUUAUGUUUGACAAUUCAACACAAACAGCAGGUAUGGUCAUAGGCGUUUUUUGGCCUUUACACAUACUAUGGUCAAAACAGGUUAUAUACAGUGCAAAAUAGUGAGAAAAAAAAUCAUAUAUAUCAUCUAACACAAAAAGGGUUUGGAGGAUAUCUCUUUGAGAAGUUAGGUGUUGUACCCAUCACCUUAUCAAAAGUAUAUACCUACAUGCAAUCAAGCUUCUUGAACACACAUCUACAUAAAAAUUGAAAAGAUUAUAGUAAAGAAAAUAUAAAUAUAUAACAUUGAAAAAAAGUAUUUUAAAAAAUAUUGACAAUUAGUUCAGUUCAAUUCAAAAUUUUCAGGCAUGCGACCCAAUAAAGUUUUUUUUUUUUUUUUGCGCACUCUAUAGACCCUACUCACAUGACGUCACAGCCACGCCCCCGCGCCAUAUCGUCCGUCAACUCGUCACUGUUGAUGCAUUACCGCUACGUAAAUUCCUCCUAUUAUGGCGUGUUUUUCUGCUCGUUAACAGUAAUAAUCAAAAUGGUGAAGGCGUGUGUGGCGGUCGGUUGCAAUAACAGAAGAUAGACGGAGAGACUUGAAGUUCUACCGGAUUCCGAGAGACCCGGAGAGGAGAGCGAGAUGGGCUGCUGCAAUUCAACGAGAAAACUGGGCUCCAAACGAUUACCACAGAUUAUGUAGUAGUCAUUUUAUAUCUGGUAAGAGUCAUUUAAUAUAUGUUUAGAGGGUUUUGGGCUGACAACCACAAUUAAGAUCAUUGCUAGGCUAAUCGCCGACAACAUACACUCAGACGUUGUAAAUGAACUACCUGAAAAUAUAUAAUUAUAUGGGGAUAAUAAGACAGUUGUCAUACAAUUAAUUUACAAUUUCACUAUUGAGGUCAAAAGCCAAAAAAUAAAUUCAACUAGGGACUAGGCAUGUGCCGGUAUCAGAUUUUGACGGUACAAUAACCGUCAGCAAAAAUACCGCGGUUUCACGGUAUCACGGUAUUGCAAUUAUAGCUCCAAAAUUUUGAGAUGUAUGGGUUCAAAAAAAAAAAAGGAAAAAAAUUUUUUUUUUCCAUUGAACAGGAUUUUUUUUCCAAAACAUAUUUGCAAAUUGGAACAUGAAUAUAAUGUGAAAAUAGAUAAAUUGACAAAAAAUAACAAAUAUUUUAUAUAAAAUUAAAAUAAAUAGAACCUAGACUAUACCCACAGCCACAGCUCAAGUUGCUCAAUAUUAGAGUAAGAACAAAAUAAUUGCUAUAAAAAAGUAAAAACACUUCUAAAUGAAAUUAAAAAUAUAUACUGUAUGACUUUUUUUGAGGGGGGGGGGGAGCACAAGUGAAGUUUCGCCAUUUUCAGCCACUGUGUCAACUCUAGUCUACAUGAUGCCAUGCCUUUGUGUUAAAAAGAACAAAGAAUUCAUAAGUUAAUAAGUUAGUUACAAAUGUAUAAGUUAGUUUUAUAAAUUAGUUAAAAGGUAAAUAUUGUUGAGGAAAGGUUUCAUCCAAAAAAAUAAAAUAAAAAAAAUAAAAAGUGAGGAGUGAGAUCUCCUUUCACAAUUAGCGAUCUUUGACGCGAUCCUUUUUCUUUCCCCCUUCAUUCAAGCUUGUUUCUCACUCAGCGUCUGUGAGACAUAAAACCUCGACAAAGCUGCUCUCCCAGCUUAGCCUAGGCUGACAUUCGUCUUUGUAAGUUUUAGUUGGUUUGUAUAUUGAAUUUGAAAGGAAAAUGUGUGUUUUGUUUUUGGCGAACUUUUUAAUGGUGCUACUGCUAUCCUGUUGAACCUAAUCACACGUGGAAAAAUCGAAUUGUACAACGUUUUAAAUGUAUUCAUUUGUAUAUUUCACCACGAUUUGAGAGCUCAAUAAAUUGAAGAAAAGUACGCCUUGUGUUUGGAGGGUUUGUUUUUGGGUUUGCUGGCUGUUUAGCAGUAUAGCGUCACUGACACUCACGGCAACAAACAGGGGAAGGGUGAGCGCUGCCGCACCAAGCCACUUCGGCUGCAUUUUGGCACAUGAAAAAUAGCGACUAUCGUACUAAGGUAUGACGGAAAAUUUUAGUGGUUUUGAAACCGCGACGUUUUCACACCACGGUAAACCGUGAAACCGGUAACCGGCACAUGUCUACUAGGGACAAUCUGGAGUAGUGCUAUCGCACUUCAUAUUUAUUACAUAUUAUAUAUGUAUGUAGGGAGAGCACUAUCGCUAAACCAUAUAAACAUUAAAAACCAUUGACAAAUGACAUGAUAUACAUUAGACUUGACAGUGGAUGUUAGCAAUAACAAAAGAUUUUGAAUUGAAAAUUUCGUAAAUCACCUUCCCGAGCACAAGAUAGAUUCCUGCCGAAUUUUCGUGGACGAGGACCUGUUUCACCCAACCAGCAACGAAGUAUUUAUAAGCCUCCAAGCUCUUAAAGUUUUUCAAACUUUCGUGAGAAUAGGCUGAUUUUGUGUGGACAAGAUAGUAGUAAAUAUCAGGGUAGCAGAACACGGCAAAGACAGCGGAUCGAAAAACAUCGAUUUAGGCAUCAAAUAUAGAUCUGGCGAAUGGAUAAACUGAAGCUUUUCCACAUAACGCCUUUUAUGCAACGCAUCCAAUGAGUUUACAGCGUCAGAUAACACCGGGGCUUCCAUGGAUUGCUCUAUAAAUUGCACGACUAAUUGAAACCAUUGAGAAUAGGGCUAAAAAAUGAUGGACAAUAUGGCGGCCGGAUACAGCGACACGUCAUUUUGUGACGUAGGUGAGUAGGGUCUAUACAUACUGACAAAUGAAAAUAAAGUAAAGGGAGAUUUCAUUGUACAACCGUAUAAUGACAAUA